CAUUCAGAUUGGAACAACGCUUUCGUCGUUAAUAUAGGUUUUGAGAGUUGGUGUCAACCUUUAGAAUAUUAUCUGACGUUCAACGCACGUGCGCGUGAUUUUAAGUGUAAACUAAACUUUUCUGGAGAACCAACUUUUAUUUUCUCUUUAAAAGCCAAACAAAAAGUAUCUUAAAGAUUUGUUAUUGUAGGUACAAUCCCUUUCCUGUUGUACUCAUAUCUCAUAUAUGUCGUCGUUUGAAGUAAGGUGAAGGCUGAUAUACUCGUAGAUAGGUAAUUGUGAGUUUUCUCUUUAGAAUUCAACGACACGACGACGACGCGACGCGACGGCGGACGACUUCAGAUACCUACGUCUUUACAUGGUUUUGAACGCGAACAAUUCUAUCUGUACAUCCAGUAUUCUCUAAGUACUCGUUCGGUUGAAUCGAUAAAGAUCCAUAGUCGCAUAACCAAAGUUGAGUGCGGUUCAACUUUUUGUUUCAAAGUACCAACUUCCUACAUUACACAUCAUAUAUGUAGGUACCUUUAAAAAAUUUUUGUGUUGAAGUGAAAAAAGUGCAAAAAAUUAUAUCGUCCUUAAUUCAAGGAGAAAAAUCAUACAAAAAUUUCAGAGUGAAGUUUGUGAAAAGAAAUAUAAUUAAAUAUUCAUACCUCUGUUUCCUUCCUGAAAGUUCUACCUUUUCUUUUCUUAAAAUUGCCAUACCAACGAAUCUCAUUGAUUAAACUUCUUCAAGUCAAAGCAGAGUCUCAGGGAAGAAGUAUAAUGGCAGAAAUUACAUCACAAUCGGGACUUCGAUCAAAAUUGGGAGAUUUGGUUGAAAAUAGCUCAUCGGCUCUUACAGAAGCAACUGAAGUUACAAAAGGUCUUAGAAAUGUUGUUGGAUGGUUAAAACAGGCUUCUAUAGAAGUUAGAGAAGCUGGCAAAAGAGCUGUUUCACAAAUCCAAACUCACCCCAGUUUCAUAUCUCACGAACUCGAUUCGAGCAUCAGUGUCGAAGAAGACGAACAAUCUAACCAAAACUCCACCACCGAUAACCAGAAUCGCAAUCAAUCAUCGAAUAAACUUCAGUGUGAUUCGCCGAAGCAAAUUUAUCGAAAUAAUUCCAUUAUAAGCCAAUUGGAAAAAUCAAGAAAUACCAAUAUGAAAGAUUUGAAACCCUUGACCAUUUUGCACUAUAACGAUGUGUAUAAUGUUGAUUCGAACUCGGAUGUUGAACCUGUUGGAGGAGCAGCAAGAUUUUGUACUGCAAUCAGGUCAUUCAAAGAAUUGGAUCCUUUGAUUCUUUUUUCUGGGGAUAUUUUUUCACCAAGCAUGCUCAGUACAUUUACCCAAGGUGAACAAAUGGUACCAGUCUUGAAUGCUGUGGAUACACACUGCGCUGUUUUCGGAAAUCAUGAUUUUGAUCACGGCCUUGAUAUACUCACCGAUCUUAUAAAAAAGACCAACUUCCCCUGGCUUAUGUCAAAUGUAGUGGAUAACGAAACCGGACGACCUCUUGGUGGUGGCAAAAUCAGUCAUUUCAUAUUCCAUAAUCAAACCUCAAUUGGUUUAAUUGGUCUUGUAGAGAAGGAAUGGCUUGAAACUCUACCCACAAUCGAUCCAAAAGAAGUUACUUUUAUUGACUACGUAGAAGCUGGUAAUAAGCUAGCUGAAGAGUUACGCAACGAAGGCUGUGAAAUUGUAAUUGCACUGACGCACAUGCGAACACCAAAUGAUAUAAAUUUGGCUAAGCACUGUCCGGGUAUUGAUCUGAUUCUCGGGGGACACGAUCAUGUCUAUGAGAUUUUGGAUAUCAAUGGUAUUAAAAUUGUCAAAUCGGGUACAGAUUUUCGACAAUUCUCAAAAAUCACUCUCGACAAGAUCAAGGGUGAGAAUGGAAAGAUCCAAGUCGAAGUGGAACCUGUAGAUGUGACUUCAGCUUAUGAAGAGGAACCUGUUCUUAAAGCUGAAUUGGCGAAGUAUUCUGAGGUAAUUGAAUCAAAAAUGACCGAAGUCCUUGGAAACUUCUCAGUUGAACUUGAUGGUCGAUUCUCGUCAAUAAGAACCUCAGAAACAAAUCUUGGUGACUGGGUGUGUGAUGUUGUUUUAGCAGCUACGGGCGCUGAUGUUGUUGUCAUAAAUUCUGGAACAUUCCGAUCCGAUCAAAUCCAUCCACCAGGUCCAUUCACAAUGAAGGAUCUUGUCAAUAUUGUUCCUAUGAGAGAUCCAUUGAUUGUCGUAGAAGUUACAGGGGCUUGUAUAUUGGCAACACUAGAAAAUGCAGUUUAUAUGUAUCCAAAGCUUGAAGGACGUUUUCCUCAGGUCUCUGGUGUAACAUUUGCAUUUGAUCCAUCAAAACCACCAGGCCAACGAAUAGAUUCACAACUUGUUCAAAUUGCUGAUGAGUUCCUAAAAAUGGACCAAUUAUACAAAAUAUGCAUCAAAAGCUACAUGUAUGGUGGUUGUGAUGGAUUUACUAUGUUUAAAGAUGCUAAAGUCUUGAUGGAUGAUGACUCAUGUCCAGAACUUGGGCUGGUAUUACAAAAUCAUUUCAAAGCGAUAAAUAUGCGAACGGGAAAGUGUCGAAACUCAAAACAUCGUCAGUCGUUAGUUACGCUCUCACGAAGACACAGCAUGGUUCAAAUGUUAGAUAAUUUAGACCUAGAUGGACCAUCACCUUUAAGAAAAUUAUCAAUUGGACAUAAUUCAAAAUCUAUUGACCAUAGCACAACUUCUUCGAAGAUGCUGAGACGUGCAUCCUUAGACGAUUUGGAACAAAUGAGUUGUCAGCUAGCGCCGAAAAUUCAACAUCGAAUAAUACAGAUUCAAAGUGAAGAGCAUUAUAAUCAACUUCUACUUAAAAAAGAAACAACCAUUAAAAACUCAGUAAUCACCGAGGCCGAUGAUGAAUAGUAAAUUUAAACUAAUGCAAGAAAAGCUUUGAGAACGGAUAAGUUACAGACAAUUUUUUUAUUUCACUAAAUUUAAUCAUACAUAAAUAAUAUAUAAACAUAAAUAAUUAUUAUUUUACUAAAACAAAACAAAAAAAGAAAAACAUAUAAUUUUAGUGAAAAUUUAACUCAAACAAAAAAGCUUUAAAAAACACAAAAUUUAUAUAAAAUUAAGUAGGUAAUCGUUUUCUUCCAUUUCAAUAUAAUAUUUAUGUAAUGUGUUAUGAUGUACUGUUCACAGUUCCUUUAUUGUAUUAUUAUAAUAAUUAUAAAUAAAUAAAAAUUAAUUUAUUUUUUGUUAUAUAUCAUUUUCCUGCACAAAGUUUCUUUAUCUAUGUUUUCUUUCGAUGAUGAAGAAAUCCAUAAAAGAAAAUUUAAUUAAAAAUAAAAAUAAUCGAAGCAAUAUAAUUGUAAUAAAUUUUUAAAUAAAAAUAAAAGCUUUAUAUUUAAGAACAUUUAUGGAAUGAUCGAUAAAUUUAAAAUAACAAAAAAUUUUAUUCAAAAAUACAAAAGAAAAAGGAACUAAUGAAAGUUAAACAAUGCACUUUUCUAUUUCUAUUUAAAUCUCUUAAGCCUGACAUUAAGUUAGAAAAAAGAAAAACUCAUUUAAAUAUUAAAAGAUAUUAUUUUAAAUUAUAUCAUUUUAAUAAAAAAUAUAUAUUUAAACAAAUAAAAAAAAAAAACAAUAUAAAACAUAGCAUUUAAGAUAAAUCUUUGCAACGAGAGAAGUUUUAUUUUAAUAUUUUGUUUUUUAAUUUAAAACUAUACCGAAUAAUGUUUGUUUUUAAGAAAAAAAAACUAAUUUAUUUAAAUUUAACAAAAUAAUUGAAUUAUUUUAUUUGGAACAAUUUAUUUAUAUGUCGUACCUAGUACCUACCUAUAACCUUACAAACAAGAACGGUGCCUCGUAUUUACAAAAUCCAUUUAUUUGUGUUCAUUAUUUACAGAUUGUAUUUUUCAUAUUAUUAAUAUUUUGUUUUUGUAUCUACAAUAAAUUUUGUAAAUAUUUUAUUAAUAACAAACAAAAAAAAACCUUAAUAAUAAUCAACAAAAUGAAAAUAAAUAAUAUAUACAUAAUUGUAUAAUAACAA